CAGUUGGUGUCCGGAACUUCGUUUGCGGGCGGCGGGGCGGGCGGAAGGUUUUUCCGCACGGACCGGACCAGGCUGUGCCGGGAGCGGGAGCUAUGGCGGGCUGGGGGCCGCUGCUGUGCCGGGCGGGGGUGCGCCUGCUGGCGGGAAGUCCGGGCGGCCCAGUGCAGGCGGCGGCCGGUACCGGGAACAGGGGACCCUGGUGCUUUAUAGUCAGGCAUAUUAAUAGCACCACCUGGUGGGAUGAACAUCUUUCUGAAGAGAACACCCAGUUCCUUAAGCAGUUAACAGCAGAAGAAUACAGAGCUCAAACAGCCAGUAAACUGUGUCCACUGAAAGAUGAGCCUUGGCCACUGCACUCAUGGGAACCAGGUUCCCGCAGAGUUGGCCUUGUUGCAAUAAAGUUGGGAAUGAUUCCGUUAUGGACCAAGAAUGGUGAAAGAUAUGCUGUCACAUUACUUCAGGUGAAAGACUGCCAUGUUUUAAAGUACACACCAAAGGAGGAGUAUAAUGGAAAAACAGCUACCCUAAUCGUUGGAGGGAAAAAUUCAUCUCCUUUUUAUAAACCAGAGUGUGCAUUGGAGGUUUUCAGACAAGCAGGAGUACCACCAAAGCAGAAAACUUCAAUAUUUAAGGUGUCAGAUAAUGCUAUAAUUAAGCCAGGUACACCUCUGUAUGCAGCUCACUUCCGUCCAGGGCAGUUUGUGGAUGUCACUGCCAAAACAAUUGGUAAAGGAUUUCAAGGAGUCAUGAAAAGAUGGGGAUUUAAAGGCCAGCCGGCCACCCAUGGCCAAACUAAAACACACAGAAGACCUGGGGCGAUAUCCAACACUGGUGCUGGCAAAGUUUUCCGUGGAACAAAAAUGCCUGGGAAAAUGGGUAAUAUCUACAGGACCUCUUUUGCAUUAAAGGUGUGGAGGAUCAACACAAAGCACAACAUUAUUUAUGUAAAUGGUUCUGUCCCAGGUUACAAAAAUUGUUUGGUAAAGGUCAGAGAUACAAAUGUACCUACUUACCGAGACUGCAAUAAAAAUCCUCCAUUCCCCACAUUUUUUGCUGAUGGAGAAGAAGAGCUACCAGAAGACUUGUACGAUCAGGAAGUUUUCCAGUUCACUGAUCCCUCUGUCACAUAUGUUUAGUGUUAUUGACAUCUUUAAGAACGUGCAACUUUCACAUUAUUUCUGUGAACUUUGCAAUGCUGAACAAUUACAAACCCAGAAACUGCAUGAC